AUGCAAAACCUGAGUAUCAUGAAAAUUGGGGGAGCUAGAUCUCCACAAUUACUAAAUACUGACUGUCAUAGAUUUAAGAAUAUUGAUCAAAAUUCACCUUCAUUAUUAAUGAAGUCCUUGUCUCAGUCAAAUUCAAUGCUAGAUCCAAGAUUAAACCCAGGAUUAUUCAAAGAAAUUACGGAGCAAAAAUAUAGAGACUAUAAAAAGUUAAAUUUCAGAGUGGGAUUACUAUUAAAUUCGCUUGAAGAUACUAUGGAAGCUGUUAGCGUUAGAGAUGACUGUUCGCUGCAGCCUAUUCCUAUAAGGCUAGAUAUUAAGUGCUCAAGACUCAUGAAUCGACGAAGAACCGAUCCAAUGGGGUUUAUUAAACGAGUGGAACCCAAACAUUUUUAUUAA